AGGACACGUACAUCUCUAUCUAGCCCUCAACGGGGUGCUGAAAAAAUCUUAAUUGAUAAAUUUACUUAGCAUAAAUUAGACAAAGGGCCGAAAAUAUGACGGAGCUGCUCAUAGAUCCCGAUAUACGGGUUUGGGUGUUUCUGCCCAUCGUACUCAUCACAUUUCUAGUCGGUAUUGUGCGCCAUUACGUAUCCAUUUUGAUAUCCACACAGAAGAAGGCUGAGAUCACCCAAAUCAUGGACAGUCAAGCCAUGAUACGCGCUCGAUUGCUGCGCGAGAAUGGAAAGUAUCUGAGCGCCCAGUCGUUCUCCAUGAGGAAGAACUUCUUCAACAACGAGGAGACGGGCUAUUUCAAGACCCAGAAACGGGCGCCGGUCGCACAGAACUCUUCGGCAAUGCUCACGGAUAUGGUUAAAGGCAACUUCAUUAAUGUGCUGCCCAUGGUCGUCAUUGGUGGCUGGAUCAAUUGGAUGUUUUCGGGUUUUGUGACCACCAAAGUGCCAUUCCCACUCACACUCCGCUUCAAACCGAUGUUGCAGCGUGGCGUUGAGCUGGCUUCACUAGACGCCGCCUGGGUAUCGUCAGCUUCUUGGUAUUUCCUGAACGUCUUUGGUCUGCGCUCCAUUUACACCCUUGUGCUGGGCGAGAAUAACCAUGCGGAUCAGACACAAGCCCAGGCCGAUGCAAUGACCGGCGCUGCCAUGACAAUGCCCCAGGAUCCCAAGGCGGCAUUCAAGGCCGAAUGGGAGGCACUCGAGAUUACAGAAUAUAACAAUGCUCUGAAGAAUAUCGAUGCCGAUAUGAUGAGCAUGGCCAAUGAAGCUAUUGCCUCCUAGCUGAUCCAAUAGAAACGGAAACUGCUGGCCAAAAAGCAUACAUACGUUUUUAAGGUUACCUAUUAGCAAAAUUUAGACGACGUAAUUUAACAAAGCAACAAAUUUGUUUUAAGUCCAGAGUCUUGCAAUAAAUAAACUAUUAUGUCUUUAAAUGAUUAACAUUUGUUAAUAAGCCUUUUGAGGAAAGUGAACGUGAUUUUCAUGUCUUACAAUUAAUGUCCAAUCAUUUCUGGUUUCAAUAUAAUACAAAAAUUGCAAUAAACUAAUGUAAAAGAAGUAAA